GGUGAGUCAGUCAUCGUUGCUUUUGUGCAGCUGUCAUCUGUUUUUUUCCACUUCUGCUCUGAGGCUGAUCAGCUGUAGCAUCAUGAAUCUGUGGCUCAACAGUUUUUUACUGGUGGGGCUGUUUCUCAGCACCUCGGCUCUGACACCUGAAGAAUGCCGACCCAUGCUCACACCUUUGUCUCUGGACGACCGCUCAACGAUGUACGGCAGGUGGAACUUCAUCACAGGUUACACUGAUAAUGAAGUAUAUAACUCCAUUGGAAGACUCACCGAGAGCACCUGGAUGAAGAUCAGCCCAUCACCCUUCAACCCCAAUGCAGUCGUUCUAUCUCAGGAAGACAAGAUAAAUGGAACUUGCAUGACCUCAGUUGUCAACGUAACCAUUGACGGCAACGCUCUGUCAACAUCAUACUUCAACAUUACCUCGGAGAUUCACCUGCUGCCGAGUUGUGACGGCUGUAUGGUCAUGAGCGUCAACAGCACGGCCAGAAACCUCGACAAAUUACUGCAAGCGAUGAAAUUCCACAGCGACGUUACAGGGGACGAGAUAAACGCCCGCGCUCUUUAUCUGAGUGGCAGAGAGUCGACCCUGAAGGACUCGGACCUGGAACAUUUUAGGAAGCAGGCAAGCUGCCUCGGAUUCUCCAGAGAACCAGACUUCCACUACGACCCGAAUAACGGUUUCUGUGCUGAAGGCGAGGGCACUAAGAUGGCAUUUCCCUGAGGACCAGCUUCCAUUAAUAUUUCAAAUUAAAGUCUGAGGAAGCAAAGAGACAAGAAGUGAUAUAAGAAUCAAA